AUGGGUUCGUCGAAGCAGGGCAUUGAGGCCCUUGGCUCUAUUAUCGCUAAUCUAUCGAAUGUAGGGAUCCAAGGCCCUAGGCUGAAGCUCUUGGAAACGCUGGAAACCCUUCACCACCUUAUUGUCGGCCCGAGUGACUUCUGGUUUCAGCAAAGCAUGUUUGCCGACAUUGCAAAGUCAACCAACUUGCCCGAGCAAAUUGUGCGACGAUUCCUCAGAUUAGCAUUCAAAAUCUUCGUUCUUGCAGAGGAAGCGCCUGGCUCUGAUCGGGUGGUGCACACGGCGGCUUCAGCGCACAUUGUACGUUCCCCGUUCGUUAAGUCAUAUCUCGAACAUAAUAUGGAAGAUGUCCGACCGGCUGCUACUGUUGGAGUAGAUGCUUUAAAGAAGUGGUUUAUUGGUCAAUCCGAGCCUCCCGAGGAUGUUGCAGCCUGCGCAAUCGCACUGGCGACAUAUGAUGGCCAUCAGAUAGGUAGAGAUCUGUGGUAUCUUCUCGAUGACUCUGAGCGACCUGGUCAGCCACAAGGGUUCCGAGCGAAGCGCUUUGCAGAGGCGAUGCAGGGGCUUCGAAUGACGAGUGGAGUUAUGACUGAGUCUGUCUUGAAGCAGUUCGACUGGGGUAGCUUGGACGAGGCAACCGUUGUUGAUCUUGGAGGAUCAGCUGGGCAUAUCAGCGUUAUUCUUGCUGAAGAUUAUCCGAAACUCAAUAUUGUUGUGCAGGACCUCGCCUCGGUGCAGUCUGCCUUCGACGAAAACAUCAAUUCCACUCCAUAUGCCUCGCGCAUCAAGUUCCAAGCCCAUGACUUCUUCGAACCGCAGGCUCUCCCUGCAGACGUGUUUCUGCUCAAGUCAGUUGUUCGUAAUUUGCUAGGCGUCCUAAAGCCAGGAAACCAUUUGGUGGUUUUUGACUUCGUCUUGCCGGAGGACUAUGACGAGGAAACAGGCGCGAAGCCUCCAUUCCCAGUAAGGAAGUUGGUUGCAUCGAUGGACAUGCAGAUGUUUGUUGGCUGCAACUCCGAGGAGCGGAAGGUGAAGGACUGGAGCGAUGUUACUAAGCGAGCCGACAGCCGGUUUGAACUGAAAGAGGUUCAUGUACCUCGAGGAUCGCCUUUGGGACUCCUUGACUUUGUGUUUCAGGGGUAG